GUUUUCUUCAGAGAUCGUGCAGCGUUCAGUAACUGCAGGAGAUGUAGAGCGCACUGAAGCUCUCUGCGUCACACUGGAGGAUUCUCGAAAACUAUCAGGAAUCAAACACACAUCCACAAACACAAGAGCUGGAGCUGCAGCUGGAGUCCGGCGUUCCCGUCUCCGUCUGAGGAUUAUACUGAAGUUGUGAGCGGGACUGAAGAUCCAGAGUUCUGCUUGAGUGUGUGUGCGCAUCAUGAACUGCCGGAUAAACGCAGUAUAAUGCGGCUAUGGACGCUGCCAUGGAAGCUGCUGCAGGUGGUGCUGGUGUUCAGCCGUGUGUGUGUGUGUGCGUGCGAAGGAGAGCGACACACACGGAACUACGACUACAUGGAAGGAGGAGACGUGCGGAUCCGCCGCCUGUACAGCCGCACGCAGUGGUUUCUGACCAUCGACGAGUACGGCAACAUCAGCGGGACACAAGAUCCAAACAACUGCUACAGUGUUCUGGAGAUCAGGACGGUUUCUGAGGGCGGCGUUUUGGCCAUAAAAGGACUCAAGAGCCAGUUUUAUAUUUCCAUGAACCGCAGCGGAAUGUUACAGGGCAAAAAAGACUACAACGACAGCUGCGACUUUAAAGAAGUGUUUUUAGAGAACUACUACACGGCGUACUCGUCUGUCAAAUGGACUAAAAACGGCAGAGAAAUGUUCAUCUCUCUGUCGCAGAAGGGCCGGCCGCUGAAAGGCAAGAAGACGAGGAAAGAGAGCGUCGCUUCUCACUUCAUCCCUCGAAAGUGCAGCGAGGACGAGAAGAAGCUGGCGUAGAGGCCGCAUUAUCAAGACUCUCUGACGCUCAUAUAGCAGCACGUCAUGUAAACAAGCAGUGUACACAGUUAUAAAUACUCCUCCGUGUUUAGAGAUCAAACUAUUUUUAUAUUUCAGAGAGAAUAAGCAGAGCGUCUGUGUUUCUGUCCGCUGCACUUUCACCACCAUUAGAGCCACUUACAAUGCAAACGCCAAAUAAACAGCGCUGUGUGUGUUCUGUGUGUGCCGUUAAACAUCACACACCUCCCGUUUAUAUCCUUUGAUUCAUAUAAAUAUACAUACAUGCGCCUCAUUUAGCUCCAGACAUUCCCUUCUCCUUUACAGUCCUCCAGUGCUGAAGAUAACUCCAGCUUCCUUAUUGCACUUCUGUCUUGAAGUACAUGCAGAAAACAUCAGUGAAAGUGUGUUAAAGUGCUGAUGUCAGUCAGUAGGUGGCGCUGUGACAAACACUACACUUACUAGUGAGACACUUUCACUCCAUCACACUAGCUGGGUUUCCAUCAUCUUGUGUUAAUGCUUAUUUUAAAGUAUGCCACAAGAAGCAAAUGACAGAAGAGCUCAUUUAGAAUAAUAGUCAUUAAAUUAGCAAAAAAAGCUUAAUUAAUUAUUUAUUUGUCAUUUUAUUAUGCUUGAGGUGGUUUUGCACUUUUUUUGUGAAAAUGAAUAUAAUGCUAAUAAUGUGAGAUGGAAACACGUUUGCUGAAUAUAAUCUUGGGUAAACAAACAUCACACCUACAUGAACCCGUUAUGCUGGCCUCGUUUACAGUUGGUUGCUAGGUUACCAAUACUACAGUCAGCUGCUCUAAUAUCGUGAUGGAAACACACAUAAUUACGGUGGCUUGAGAAAGAAAUUCUACAUAAACGUAUAAUUAUUCUUCCGUCUUCUUCUUCUUCCGUCUUCUGAGACUAAUUUUAAAGUGUAUUUCCUCCUAAGCCUUUCACGCUACAUACUUCAAUCUUUCGUCAAGCCUUCAAACUGGUCUGACUCGGGUUGCUUUGUCUUUUCUAACUGAUCCAACUUUCAGUUUUCCGAAAAAGGGCCCAGAAAAUUCCCAAAAGUCCCAUUGACUUAACAUUGGGUCAAACUUUGUGAGCUCAUAACUCUGCAUCAGACUGUCCUACAGCACUUUUCCCGGGAGUCUCCCAUAUUUCAGACGCAUCUCCCGUAUUGUUCUGUUCAGAAAACUCCCGUCUAGCCAGCAGCCAAUUACUAAUGACGUUUAAACUUACUAGCCAGUCCCUAGCAACCAAUUUCAGCACCCUAGUAACUGUCCUAUAGGUUACCAAUACUACAGAGAGCCACUCUAAAAACUAAAUGUAAAUGGAUCUAAUUCACAUUUUGCGAUUCAUCGCAGUUCACAAAUGUUAGCUUCUCAUGAGGAUGGAAACCCGGCUAUUGUCAAACUGAUUCCAGUUCACGGAGAUCAGUGAAAGUGUGCAAAAGCUCUGCAUUGCUGAUGUCUGUCAGUAGGUGGCGCUGUGUCAAAAUACUUCAUGAUAUGUUUUCACUAAAUCACACUAGCUGGGUUUCCAUCAUUCUGUGUUCAUGCUCAUUUUGAAGUAUUGCAUAGGAAAAAAAUACAUUUUGCAUUAAAAAAAUUAUAAAUAACGAUAAAAACAACAAAAUUGGAAAAAAAUGUACACAAAGUCGAGGUGCUUCUGCUCUUGUGUGUACAAGGAACAAUUCAAAUAAUGACAGAUGGAAAUACGUUUGCUUAAAAAAAACAGGCGUAACAAACACUGCACCCAUGUGACUCCAUUAUGCUCGCCUUGUUUACUGUUGGUUGCUAGGUUACCAAUACUACAGUCGGCCACUCUAAUAACUUGAUGUAAACUUGCAUUUGUGAUUUUUUUGUAUUUUCUGGCACAUUUUGAACAGAUUUCCUUCACGUUAGGAUGGAAACCCAGCUACUGAGAGCAGAAAUGUGUCUUUUUAGCCUCAAAAACAGGAUUUUCGCUAUCAAGACACUUUAAGAGUGUUCUCUUAUUGAAACGGUGUUGUGAGAACGGCUAUUUAUAGGAAUUUAUUUAUUUAUUUUCCCCUCAUAAUCUUACAUCUAAACCUGAAAUAUCUCUCCUGUCUAUAGUCGAUCCCUGAACUGAUCUGCAUAUUGAGAUUUCCCUGUCCGAUCGGGAUUAAAUCAAGUCAAGCCGUGUCCCUCUCCGCCUGGAUCAAUGGUGGUAAACACAUUCUGAUGAGAUGCCUCAUGAUGUUUUAUGGUAUUUCGUUUUCCACAUAAUCUCUCCGACGUGAUUGUGUCCAUGUGUUGUUGUGUGUUAUUUAUGAUAUUUAUGUGUCGCUGGCUCUGAAUUGUCUGUAUUGGGGAUCGCUGUGCUACACACACACACACACACACACACACACACAGCGAGUUUGCAGGACUUCACAUUUUGCUGCUAGAAACAAAUAAAGUGAAAUCUAAGGUUUUAUAUGAGUAUAGAUCAGUUUCAAUAAAAUAUGUAUCUUUGUA